AAUUUAAUGCUGGGGGUAACCCUGCAAUGGACUAGCAUCCCAUCCAGGAGGUAGAAACUCUCCUAGUCACUUCAUGAUACAGAAAUAGGAAGUAAAUGCCGUCCUGAUGGGCCACUUGCGUCGUAUGCAAACCACAGUGGAAUCCCACCUUACGGUCACCUGAUUAAUAUGGCCACCUAGUUGUUACGGCCAAUUAAUUUUGUCUGGGGGAAAUGCCCAUACAUUUUCUUAUAAGAAAACCCUGUUAAUGCAGACACCCUGUUUAUGCGGACUUUCCAUUAGUAUGGUCAAAGGCCCUAUUCUGAAAACCUAACCUGUAUAAUCCUUUAUAAUUCUACCCCAUUAAUAUGGCCACUCAAAGCAAAUACAUAUUCACAAUAUCUGUUGACCAAACAAAACAAAUAUUGAGAAACAAUACUGAGAAAUUCUCUUUUUUAUUCAAUGUGCCUGUAACAUAUCAUGUCAAUGACAUCUUCCAUGGUUAAUAUUGUAUGUAGUGAUUGAAGUUUCAUUGUUUCAAAAUGAUAUCUGCACUCUGGAUGCUUAUUCAGUUGGUUAGAAGUGCGAAUAGAUAAAUAUGUGUAUCUGUCAAGACAUCACUUAAAAUAGACCAGUCAUGAAAUUUGACUCUACCCUGUUAAUAUGGCUACCCCAUUAACACUGCCAAAAUUUCAUGGUCCAUUGCUGACUGUAUCAAUGGGGUUCCACUGUACCAUUUUUUUCUGUGGAACUUUAUGGCUGUUUUCUUUGGGGAUUUUGCACACGGUGUUUAAUGAUCUUUGUCGUGAUUCAUUGAGCAUAUUUUGUGAUGAGCAUGUAGACGGUUACGGUCCAAUCUAGGGAACAUUUAUAAUUUACUGUGGUACUGGGGUAGAAAAACCCUCAAGAGUUAGUAAUCACACCGUUUCAUGAUAAAAUGAAUGAGAACGGUUAAGAUUGGUAAGGUUACAAUGACAUGUGAAAGACAAACUGGAGACAUGUAGGAUAAAACGUGCUAUUCACAAUGUGGCUCCUUCAAAUGAUUACAAGGCAAGAGUUUUGUUUCUCAUCAGAACACAACUUAACUACCCUGUGAGCAGAGGUCCCUUCAAUCUCCCUAGAAAAGUCAGGAAGAGAAAGCUCUUCUUGACUUUUCUAGGAAGAUCGAAGGGAUCUCUGCUGGCAGGGUAAACACAACUAAGAAUAACAUUCUUUAUGAUACACAUAGUUUUUUUUUUAUUUUAAACUAUUUACAAAUACCAACACACCAAAAUACAACUCAGACUAUAUAGUUGUGAUACAAACUACUAAUGCCAAUGACAAUUCAAUCACUAGUGUUACUUACUAACUCUACUGUUAUACUUACACUACUUGGAAUGAGAAUACUAAAGUAACAUACAGGGACUUGAAGUGUUACAAUUCAAUUGAUCAUAUUGCUAUUUAUGCCUACGUGCACUAUUAUCAAUAAAAGGGAGGCUUAAUUCUGAACUUGAGAACCUAAGAAUUUCUCAUUUUUGUUGGUGAAUUUUUGAGCGUGUCUUUUCUCUUAGUAAUGAAAUAUUCAGAACUUUGUAGUGUUAAUAGCAUUCUAUCAUUGCAUUAUCAAUUGCAUUUUGCAAUUAGAGUUUUACCUCCAAUGGUGAAUUGAUAUAACAUUAACUGGACUUAAAAUAAUACUUAGACUAAAAAGACAGACACUCUCCAUCUAGUACAAGUGAUGUCAGUUUUUAAAUGAACAGACUGUAUGUGCAGUAAAGCUUAAUGCAGACACCUUGGAAAGGGGGUGCCAAUGUAUUUACAGUAAUACACCCGUCACCCAGCAGUAGAGACAUAGCCACGGAACCAUGGUGGAAGUUUUGAAUAAUCUUUGAUUUUUUAUCGUUUCAUUCUUUUUUCCAUUUUCUUCUUUGUUUCAUUUUUGAUGGAAAAGAUGUAUCAAACACUCAGGACAGUGUUGCAUAACAUUUCUCCUCAAAUUUUGUCCAAAGUACUUUGCUGGACAUUGUAUCUUCAACUUUCUUUCUUCUCUUGUGUUUGAUAUGUUUCAUAAAAACUGCAUUAAUCCUAGUUCUUCUGCAGGUUAUUGUACAAUAUGUGAAAAAGAUUUGUAUAUACGUGUAUGUUGUUUUACAAGAUUCAUAUUUUUAUUUCAAUCUUUUCAUCAAAUUGUAUUUACGGUGAUGAUGUUUAUAGUUUUGCUUCUCUUGGUUUUAAAUUGUUUUAUUGGAUGGAACUGUGUAUUGCAGGCUUCUUUUAGCACCAGGACUGGGUUGUUCAAAGCACGAUUGUGCUAAUCCAGGGUUAUUGUGAAUUUUGAUUUCAGUUCUGUAACCUUCUUAUGAAGUUUUUUGUGAAAUAUAUUUCAGUCUCUUAGUUUUGACUUAGAUUGUUCUCAAACUCCCCAAAUAAUUACCGGGAAAACGGGUUUUUACAGGAUUAAUUAAAACGUCAACCAUUUGUUAUUCCUGGGCCACUUUUAAUCGUCUUUCAAACAGCCCAGUCAUGAUGACUAGUGAAUAUUUUACCUUUUCAAAACGUGAUUAACUAAGGAGAUUACUGAGCUACAUGCAAGCACUCUGAUUUUAGAAUGGCAGGAAUGUUCAUUGUAAUUCAAAAACAAAUAUUUUUGAGAUAGUGGCAGAAUUUGUUUAUUUUGUAUUUUUUCAUUACUUAAAAAAGGUAACCCUGGUGAAAACUACCUUUAAGAUGGCUAUGCCAGACACUGCUCACUUGUAUAGUACUUGCCUUAUAGAAACAGAACAUCCUAUUAAAAGAUUAAGAAAAACGUGGAUUGUUACUUCCCAGGUGCUACAAUGAGCAUUCCAGUCAGGUUGAGUUAGGUCAGGUGCUACCUUUACUUCGACCUUUUCAAUUAAAGGGUGUGUGUAUGUAUGUUCGUGCAAAACGGAAGAUAUUUACUUAGCUAGGUCUUGUUCGGUUUGAUCUAACAUAGGCUAUAUUGUUGUCCCCACAAGUAACAAUUGUGUGAAUUUGGUUAGAUUUUAUAUCAUGUCAAAUUUCUACGAGGAAUGCUCUGAGGCAACAUAAACUGGGUUAAUUUGAAUUUAAAAGGGUUUUUUUUUUACUAGUUAUUAAAAUUAAGUAGUCUAGGUCUUCUUUUUUCACGUCCCAUAUGUUUUGGUGUAUCAUACUUGGUGCAAUCCGUAGUAUUUUCCUAGAAUUUGAAGAUUUUCCUAGCCAAGUUGUAUGAUAUUAAAAUCGUUUGCCGAUGUUAUUACUCUCUCAAUGUUACAAGUGCGCAACACAAGUUUAAAACAAGCCAUAUAUAUAAUUGUUAUAAGUAUUAAUAUUGUAGACAAUAUUUUUAGCGAUUUAUACGUGUAACAAACUUUAAAUUAGAUUGUUAGAAUUUUGGUAAAAUAUCUCCCAAUCAGUAGAGAAGCGCAGAUAUCAGACGUAGCUGUAUUUACUUCUUAACGAUGUAUAUAUCCCUUAUCAUGGCCUGCUAGGAAUGUACAGGAAAGCUGUAAUAUUUGCGCUUUUGAAUAAACGAAUUUCAUUUUUUUAUCUUUUGGGUUGUUAAUUCAAUAAUUGACUACGUUCCAAGUCGAGUUGACAGCGGGAGUUCCUUCCAGUUGCAAGCAGUUAACUUUGGGAAUAGCGAUUGUUUUUGACAUUUGCUCCGAAAAGGGGAGAAUAUUUGUGGUUUGAUGCCUUUAGAAACUGAUGUGCGAGUUUAAAUGACAACUAUCUAUGUCCAUGUUUUUGCAGUUAAAUCAAGGACCUUUCUGAAAGUACUAACGAGAUCUCAUUCUGUUUGAGGCUUGACCGUUGGGGAUCUGGGUUCCAGAUAAAGAACCAGCAACGAUUGUGUUGUCACGCAAUCUUCUCCUUAAGGAGGAGUGCUGCAUGCGUGAUGAUCAAAUAAUGGGAAAUCACAGUGAGUUAAAACUUGGUUCUAAAGCAGGGGAGCGGUGUGGGAAACUGCUAGAGAGAACAUUUUUAGACAUGCCUUAUCGAGGAGUGCGGCGUGGGAAAGCAACAGAGCUCACAGGCGUAAUGAUUCUCUCCUCGCACCAAUCUCUUCUCUUUCGCAUGGAAGAGGCUAGACGGGAGCUGGGUAGUUUGCAUAUUUACUCGUCGUGUUUAACCUCGACUUUUAUAGUUAACUGAGCACGCUUUCGUUUUUCCCAAAGCGCUUCACGCUAACUUCUGAGUUGUACAUUGGAUGUUACUUGUAAAUGACGCAGUUGAGGAAACGCAGUGAUAUUUAGAUGGUCACAUCCCCGCCCUCUGCCGCCUUUUCCUCGUACCAAGGCCCCUCCAUAGCCCCUUCUUGUCGAUGUACAUGUUCUUUUAAAGGACCACGUGGCCCGCUUUUGUCUAUUUUAAUAUACCCGUUUAGUGUCACUGGUAUUACAGGAUUUACACUCCCCACACCCCUUUUUUCGAUCUACGCGUGAUAACAUGGUCGUUUAAUAUACAUGUUAAUUCUUCAUGUCAAGAUGUGCUCUAUCAUCAGAUCAUUUAACUUGCUUACAUUUCACGUGAACUAUCUAGUCUAUCUACGGAUUUUUUACAUCAAAGGAAGCAAGUUCUCGGCACAGUCAGUUCUCAGAGAGUUACACUACAUUUUCUAUUAUCAACCUCGUUCCCAGGGUCCUCUCUCUUCCUUCCUCUACUUUCUCGAGGAAGGAAGAGAGAGGACCCUGGGAACGAGGUUGUUCUAUUAUAUAACGAGGGGUCUUAUAUGUCAUAUUACCAAUAUUAUAUUACCCCGUCCGAUCUUUUGCCGCUGAACCAAACGUUUGAUUGUUCAACAUUCCUCUGAGCUCGAGAUUGGUGCGAUCUACAGUAUAGUGCGGUCGACAUAAGAUUUGUGCAACUUUUGAGCUAAGAUUUCAGGAGCAAUAACCGUCUGAAAAAGACCCGAUGUACCCAAAACGCUGGAUAAACAGGUCAUCUUCUGUUGGUUGCCAACGGCUUAGAAUCUUAUGCAAACAUCUAAGGAUGUCAUCUACCAGUGCAGAAAUGGAUACAGAGGUAUUACUUGAAAUAAAAAACAAAGUCGGCAUGAUCACACUGAAUCGUCCAAAGGCACUGAAUGCUCUGAAUCUGAAUAUGAUCAGGCAAAUCUAUCCAGUAUUAAAGAAAUGGGACGUGGAUCCAGCGGUGGGUUUAGUUGUGAUCAAGGGAGCUGGGGACCGUGCUUUUUGUGCAGGCGGUGAUGUGCGAGCAGUUGCAGAUGCUGGAAAAAAGGGUGAUGAGCUUACCAAAAUAUUCUUCAAAGAGGAAUACAUGUUAAAUUAUGCCAUAGGUAAGUUACAUUUUAAUGUGAUUCAUGUACUUUUAGGUGAAAGGUUAAAAGGUUAUGAUGUUAAACAUGCUGGAGUGGCCACUCAUUUUGUCACCAGUGAAAAGCUCUCAGACCUGGAGUCAUCAUUACUUAACCUUAGUGAUCCACAACUGAAUGAUGUACAAAACGUGUUAGAUGAUUAUGAUAAAAAGUGUUCUGAGGGACAAAAAGAAUUUGUACUAGAAAAAUUUACACACAAAAUAGAUAGCUGCUUUGAUAAACCAACUUUAGAAGAGAUUUUACAGGCAUUGAAGGAAGAUGGAUCAGACUGGGCAUUGAAACAAAUCGAGGUCUUAAAUAAAAUGUCUCCAAUAUCUUUGAAGAUAACAUUAAGGCAGCUGCAAGAAGGAGCAAACUUGAGCCUAGGAGAGUGUUUAAAGAUGGAAUACAGAUUAACCCAGAGGUGUAUGGCGGAUAAUGAUUUUUAUGAAGGGAUAAGAGCUGUUUUAGUGGACAAAGAUAACAGUCCCAAGUGGCAGCCAAGUACUCUAGAUGCAGUGUCGAAAGGAAAAGUGGAUAGCUAUUUUGAAACUUUAGGAGACCGAGAACUUGUUCUUUAACUUUACUUACUUUCCUUAAAUUAACAGUGAUGGACAAUCAAUGUUGGAAUCAUCUCAAGAAAGUGUCAAUAAUGAGCAAUAAUAAGACAAAGAAAGGAAAAUCCACAGUAAGAACUUUCUUGUUGACAGAGUCGUUAUUGAGAAGUACCAAAAUUCAAAAGAAGAUGAAAACUAUCAAGUGUUUUAUAUGGAUGGGUUAUUAGGGUACAGGGUGGCAGUUUUUAGCACAUGAAAUAAAUCAGAUAAAAACCUAUGUUUGCCAAUCUCUUUUUCACUUUUUAAAGGGAACGCUUUUAAAGUGAAGAAAGAAUAAAAUGAGGUCGGAGAACUAAUGGGUCCAAAUCCCUUUGAAUAUCCGUUUACUUUGUGUGAAAAUUUUAAAUGUAUAAAAAGAUGCAACAUUUUGUUAACUUCUUACGAAUUGAGCCUGAAAGACCGAGUGAAUUGAUACCAAAGUGAAAGACAUAUAUGAGAACAUUUCACUUUAUUUUCAUCCAGUAUCAUGAAUUGUCUCUACAGUGUGCCAACCACAGACAAAUACUUGUUAAACACAUUCCUAAUUGCCGCUUGUGACAUGUAACAAAUUCAGACUGAGCUCUAGUCCUAUGCCUACAGCUGUAUCAAGUGCAUAAAAAACAAGGGUCAAGGGUUAGCAGUAAAAGACCAGUUAAAAGUGAACAAUGUUAUCUACUUUUAAUCAAGUAUAAAUGAAAACAACUUUGCUUCCUGUUUGUCUUGA